AUUACCACCGAUAAAAAAAAUUCCAUUUUGAACAGGCCGAAUCGUCGUCUUCUCCGUCGGAGAAAUCCACGAAGCGCAAAAUCAAUGUCGAACCAGAACGAACCGGCGAAGAUUCUUCUUCCCUACUUGCAACGCGCUGAUGAGUUGCAGAAGCACGAACCUCUUGUUGCUUAUUACUGUCGGCUAUACGCCAUGGAACGAGGGUUGAAGAUCCCACAGAGCGAGAGGACUAAGACUACUAAUUCACUUCUCAUGUCCCUCAUUAAUCAGCUGGAGAAGGAUAAGAAAUCAUUAGAUCUUUCAUCUGAUGACAAUCUGCAUGUGGAGGGUUUUGCACUGAAUGUCUUUGCGAAGGCAGACAAGCAAGAUCGUGCGGGAAGAGCAGACUUGAAUACAGCCAAAACAUUUUAUGCUGCAAGCAUUUUCUUUGAAAUUCUCAACCAGUUUGGGCCGCUUCCUCCAGAUAUGGAGCAGAAACAGAAAUAUGCUGCUUGGAAGGCUGCUGACAUAAGGAAAGCGUUGAAAGAAGGAAGGAAACCCACACCGGGCGGUCCUGCUGGUGAUGAUGAUUUAUCCGUGCCAUCAAGCGGUCCAAGCGGCACAUAUGAUCUUGGUGCGAGCGAAACGGUCGAAACCAGUCAGAGAACAGAGCCUGGUCCGCCACAUGACUUAAACCAUGGUUCAAGCCACCAUCAUUUACCCGAAUUUCCACAUCCACCUCCUAAUGAUGAUCACUCACCACUGCCACCUCCUUCUUAUCAUAAUCAGACAUAUCCUACCAAUGACCUACCCGCUGCCACGAGCCGAUCAGACACCCCUUACCCUCAGCCCUACGUUCAUCAACCUUACCACCAAGACCCGUCACAACAGCACAUUCCACCUCAAAACUACCCGUCUCACGAGCCAUCCUCUCCUUAUUCGUACCCUAAUUUCCAAUCUUACCCGAGCUUUUCCGAGAGCAGCCUACCUUCCACUCCGUCUCACUACCCUUCUCACUAUCAAAACCCCGACCCUUACUACUCUCCUCAUUCCGCUCCCGCACCUUCUUCCACUAGCUUCUCCUCGGCACCCCCUUACUCAUCCUCAAAUGGGCGCGUCGGAAAUGCAACUGUGCCAGAUCCGACACCGAAGUACCAAUACGACAGCAGUUACCAGCCACCUGCUGAGAAAGUGGCCGAGGCACACAAGGCGGCGAGAUUUGCGGUUGGAGCCUUGGCUUUCGACGAUGUCUCGAUCGCGGUGGACUACCUGAAGAAGUCGCUUGAGUUGCUUACUAAUCCAUCGGCCGGUCAGUGAUUUUUAUGUUCUGUAACGAUUUCUGUUUUGAUUCUCGGUAUGAUACUGAAAAUGGUUUGGUGUUGACUUUCUUGGUUUGUUUAGCUUGGGUUGAAAAUUCGUGCCACCUCGGUGUAUAUGUACAAAAAAAAAAUACAUGCCCAUCUUCUAAAAUAUCUCAAAGCUAAUAUCCUUUGCUUGCUC